AUGACAACAACUGGGUCUAAUUCUAAUCACAACAACCACCAUGAGGAUGGUUCCGGUAGAAGCAACAACAACAACAGUAAUAACAAUAACCCUAGUACUAGGUCUUGGGGUACGGCGGUUUCUGGUCAAUCUGUGUCUACUAGUGGCAGUAUGGGCUCUCCGUCUAGCCGGAGUGAGCAGACGACCACCGUGGCUACAUCUGCUAGCGACAGUGCUUUUCUACGCUUGAACAAUUUGGACAUUCAAGGUGACGAUGCUGGCUCACAAGGAGCUUCUGGGUUUAAGUACUUUCAGGUUGCGGACGAGCUUGUCGCUGAAUUUGCACUCCCAAAUGACGAUGGAACAUCUCCAGAUCAGCAACAGUAUGAUGAGAAGAACAUAAGACGAAGAGUAUAUGAUGCUUUAAACGUCCUCAUGGCUAUGGAUAUAAUAUCCAAGGAUAAAAAAGAGAUUCAGUGGAGAGGUCUUCCUCGGACAAGCUUAAGUGACAUUGAAGAAUUAAAGGUUUCAACCAGAUAUUCUGUUUGCCCAUGUUCCAAAGCUCGUUUAGAGAAUGUUCCUGAAUCUGAUUUCAUUUUGUUUUUUGUUUGCAGAGCGAACGACUCUCACUUAGGAACAGGAUUGAGAAGAAGAUCGCAUAUUCCCAAGAACUGGAAGAACAAUGACAUUGAAGAAUUAAAGAGCGAACGACUCUCACUUAGGAACAGGAUUGAGAAGAAGAUCGCAUAUUCCCAAGAACUGGAAGAACAAUACGUAGGCCUUCAGAACCUGAUACAGAGAAAUGAGCACUUGUAUAGCUCAGGAAAUGCUCCCAGUGGCGGUGUUGCUCUUCCUUUUAUCCUUGUCCAGACUCGUCCUCAUGCAACAGUAGAAGUGGAAAUAUCAGAAGAUAUGCAGCUCGUGCAUUUUGAUUUCAACACCACUCCAUUCGAGCUCCAUGACGACAAUUUUGUCCUCAAGACUAUGAAGUUUUGCGAUCAACCGCCGCAACAACCAAACGGUCACAACAACAACCAGCUUUCUUCUCACAAUUUUGCGCUGGAAAACUCUAACGAAGGCCCUAGCACUGCUUCAGCGAUGCAGCUAGAAGUGUACCAGCCUCAUCUUCAACCGCAACAACAUGAGCUGCAUUCUCAGCCACAGAUCAUUCCUACGCCUGAGACUAAUGAAGUUGCUUCCGCUGCUGAUACUGCUCCAGUGAUAUCAACGUCUCAUCCAGGGACAAUGAACUCCAACAUGAAGCCGGAGAAAUGACAAACUUACGAAAGGCCAUUUGUACACUAUCUGUAAAACUGUAAAGUAGUCUUGGAAAAACUACCUGGUUCUUUUGACGAAUAGCCGGUUUAGCGGUAAAUUUGUACCGGUGGUUUUUCUGUAUUAGUAAUACAGAAUCUAAGAUUCCUUCUCGGGUUUAGCGA